AUGCAUCGUCUGCUUUUCCUACCAUUCCUCAUCAUCCUGCUACUGUCGCCAGUGCCACUUUCUGUGCAAGAAUCCGAUGAUUACUUCAGGUACACGAGCUGCGCCCCAGCUCCUUACAGCUGCGGAUCACUCCAGUUCGACGUCGAUUACCCCUUCUCGGCGAGCGGAGUCGGCCGUCGUCCGGACUACUGCUCUUACCCGGGGUACCGUCUCGUCUGCAACACGGACGGCAAGCUGAUGAUCUACAUGAAUUCCACCGCGUUCCAGGUUACGGCUAUCGACUAUGGCAACAAGAUUCUCGUGGUCAUCGACCAAAAUCAGCCUCAGCCCCAGGAGACAUGUCCGUAUCUCUACCACAACACCACCAUCGACGAGGCCAAGUUCAUGUACACAGAUCGCGACCAGUUCUUGACGGCGUACGUCAACUGCACCGCCAAUCUAUCCUCUCUGCCUUCUAUCUAUGAUCUUGUGUCGUGCAUUUCCGGGGGAAGCUCCUACUACAGGCUGCACAAGAACAAGGACGACUCGCUGGAAUCGGAUCUUCUGGGAUCAUGCAGCUCAACGAUUGCUGUUCCAUACAACUUGACCAUGGCAGCCUCCUUAGCUGCUGGAAAUUCUAGACUUGGGGAUGUGAUAAGAGGCGGUUUCACGGUGAGGUGGAAGGCUGGACUGGGGUGGUGUAGUGACUGUAAGGCUUCUGGAGGGCAGUGUGGGUUUAACAGCAGCUUUCCUAGCGACCAAACAUGUUACUGCUCAUAUGGUCAGGCCAUUGGAUCAUGCUCCUCCUCUUCUUCAUCAGGAAUGAAGGCCUCGAGAAAAAGGGCAAUCACAAUUGUAACAGAACCAGUGAUUAGUAUCCUGGUUCUACCUUCUUAA